AUGGGAAUACAUCAUUAUAUUUUCGAGUUAGUUGCUCCUACAACUGCUAUCGAUUGGAAUUCAAAACAAGAACAACAAUCUUCUUCACGAGAUUAUGAUUCUAAGGAAGUGGUUAAAAGUACCGCUACCAAUAAUGGAAGGAUAACUCCAACGAGAAACGGUUAUACAUCUAUAUCUAUGAAUGAUGAUGACAACAAAUACAGCGAGAUGGAAAGUGCGCUUAAAUAUGAAGGACAUUAUAUUCAUGCUUUCGUUAUUCCAAAUUAUGAAGAACCAGAGCCGUUAUUGAGAGACACUAUCAAAAGAUUGGCUCAACACAGGAACGCUACCACGGCUUAUGUUAUCAUAUUGGCAAUGGAAGAGUCUGAGAUUGAUCAUGCUUCAAAGGCUGCAAGCCUUAAGAGAACUUUCGAUGGCUCUUUCCGUGACUUUAUCAUAACGGUUCAUCCGAAAGAUGUCCCUGGUGAAAGUCGAGGCAAGGGUAGCAACGUCGCAUAUGCAGCUCGUGAGGCAUGUGAAAUUUUAGCACGAAAAGUCGACAAACGGCACGUAGUGUUUACAAUCACGGAUUCGGAUUCUGCAAUUCCGGAACUUUAUAUUCGUCAAAUUGAAAAGGCAUUAUCAGAAUCAGAAGAUCCUUAUAGUACUAUUUGUUCUCCCCCAAUUUUCUUUUCGAGAAAUGCAUUGGACGUCCCUGCUGCUGUGCGGGUUCUUGCUGAGCAAGUUGGUUUCUGGGAUACCGAUAAGGAUGCUGUUGGCGAAGAUCUACAUAUGUGGCUUAAAUGCUUUUUCAAAACUGGUGGUGUUGCUAGAUCUGUUCCUAUAUUUGUUCCGAUAAAUCUUACCAACGUUCAAACUACCGGUUAUUUUUCAAAUAUUUAUGCUCGCUUUGUUCAGGCUAAGCGUCAUUAUAAUGGUGUUGCCGACGUUGCCUAUUCAUUGAAAUCCGCCUUCAGUGGUGAACAACAUUCUACCACUGAUACAGAAUCACUUCUUUUGAGUUCUACUUUAAUGCCAGUUUAUACUCCCUCUUCUGGAAAACGACCGUCCUACUUACUAGAAGUAAUGAUAAAUAUGUUGUAG